UCCACGUGUAGUCCUUUAGAUACGCAAACUGACACAUUGCCCAAGCUUCCGUCUGCACAUUUCUUCGUCUUCUUCUUUCACUCAUUUCUCUCUUUCACAUUCAAUGGCUAUUAGGUCUUUAAUUGUUCCUUCAGCUUCUAAAUCACCAACCACACAUUGCUUUCUACAUCCCACUACUUCUCCUUCAUUCCCUCAACAAUCUUUUUCUUUCUCCACCAAGCCCGUUAACAAUCUUAACAAUGUCUUUUUUAUAACCCACUACACUCUUGCUUCUCUUCACCAUCACCGCGCUCUUGCUCCCCUUCCCGCUCUUGACUCCGACUUCCCUCAUCCUCUUCACCAGGGAUCGGCGAAUUUUAGGAGCAAUAAGAGCUUUGAGCAAUGGAAUUCCUUGACGGCCAAGUUCUCUGGAGCGGCAAACAUCCCAUUUACGGUGCUGCAAAUGCCUCAGAUCAUCCUUAAUGCUCAGAAUCUUAUAGCAGGAAAUAAAACUGCCCUUUUGGCGGUCCCAUGGCUGGGCAUGCUUACUGGUUUGCUUGGGAAUCUUUCGCUUCUUUCAUACUUUGCCAAGAAGAGGGAGAAAGAGGCUAUUGCGGUCCAAACAUUGGGCGCUGUUUCAAUAUAUGUGGUCAUUGCUCAGCUUGCAAUGGGAGAAGCAAUGCCUCUGCCUCACUUUGUGGUUACUUCAGUUGUUGUGGCCAGUGGUCUUGUUUUAAACUUCCUCAAUUACUUCGGUAUGCUGAAUGCUGAAAUCUGGCGAUUCUGGGAAGAUUUUAUUACCGUUGGUGGGAUAACAGUCCUUCCUCAAGUGAUGUGGUCUACAUUUGUACCAUAUAUACCAAACAGUAUUGUUCCAGGGGUGAUAGCUUUUGCCGUAGGCGUGACAGCUGUUGUUAUGGCAAGAAUGGGCAAACUUCCAGAGAAAGGCGUCAAAUUGGUUGGAGCACUAGCUGGAUGGACAGCAACCCUUCUCUUCAUGUGGAUGCCUGUUUCACAAAUGUGGACAAAUUUCGUGUACCCUGAUAACAUCAAAGGCUUGUCAGCAUUCUCAAUGUUGCUUGCUAUGAUUGGAAAUGCACUUAUGAUCCCACGUGCACUCUUUAUUCGCGAUUUAAUGUGGUUCACUGGUGCAACUUGGGCAUCCCUAUUUUAUGGGUAUGCGAAUAUUGCCUGCCUGUACUGUUUCAAUGUUAUCAGCAGGGAAUUCUUUUUGGCGGCAACAGCUGGUUUAUUUUCAUGGAUAGGUAUGGCUUUGUGGAAAGAUACUGUAGUAUAUGGAUACAACUCACCUAUGAGAUCUUUGAAAGAGUUGGUUUUCGGACGUUAAGUUGACAAGUGAUCUGAUUACCUGAUAGUAAGCAUGGAAUAUAGAAAUUAUUCUUGUCCUUUGAGAUGCAGUUCCUGAGUAAACAUGAAGUUGAAAAUACAUAAACUGUGUGGUCCUUUCAGUUAAUGCAAGGAGAAGCUUGGAAUAAUUAAGUUGUAACUGUUAAGGUAAUAACAUAAGGGGUGGAAUAUAGCCUUAUGGCCGAUGAAUAAAUGCGUGUAAUUUAUAUGCAACGUAGUUUAAAUUUUGUAAUAAAAUUGGGUUCUCCACCCAAAAAAUGUUUGUACCCCAAUUGAUAAUAUCCCUAGUUUCAGUGUUAUUUGUUCUUAUUCUUAUGAUCUCAA